AUGAAUAAUCUGCUGCGAAGUAAAUCGGGUUGUUGGACCUGCCGUUUGCGCAAGAAGAAAUGUGAUGAGCGGAAACCAUCACCAUGUUCCACAUGCGAAUCCUUAGCGAUAACGUGCUAUGGAUACGGGGCUAAGCCAGAUUGGAUGGAUAAUGGACCAAGAGAGAAAGAGAUGGCAAACAGUAUUAAGCAAAUUGUCAAAUACACAUCACGUCGAAAGGGUCGACUGACUGGUUCAAAUGUGGCUCCGAACAACGGGGCCAAUACAGAGGCUUCCGCCAUCAACAUUGCACCAAAGACCACAACUGCGCCUACUAGAACCAUUUCUACAGCAACCGAAGAUACAGCUUAUCUUAGAACUUCAUCAGGAUCUUCUCCUGCGCAGUCCAGUGCAAGUAUAUCAGCGGAAACUUCCACGGGCACGACACCAGAAAGUGGAAACACAUUUUUCGGUACACCGACAAUUACAAAUAAUGAAGCGGCUUUACUAAUGCAUUUCGUGGAUAAUGUAUUUCCGCUGCAAUAUCCUAUGUAUAAGCCUGAAGUGUCUGAAGGAGGACGAGGGUGGUUACUCUCCCUUCUGCUAAAGACUAAACCUUUAUAUCAUGCAUCUAUUGGUCUCAGCGCUUAUCAUCGCGGUGUUGUACUUCGUGAACUGACUUCCGGUGGAUGUACAAAGCCCAGCAUCGCCGAACAAGAGAGCCAUCUUGCAAUUUGUUUGAUUGAAUUUCAAGAGGCAAUUAAAUCCGCUCACGAUUGUGCUAAAGACUGCGUCUAUGGUAGGGAUAUUUGCGUGGGGAGUAGUCUUGCAAUUAUGGCUUGUGUUGUUCAACUUGUCUUUUUCGAGCUAUUUGGUGUACAAAAAAGCUCAUGGCAAAUUCAUCUCCGCGCGGCUACCGAUUUGUUUGGUCAGGGGUACCGAGCGCAUGCCGCCGAGCUUGGCUUAUGGGCCAAUGAUGAAUCAACAGCCAUCGUUCUACCAACAGCUUGUGAACUACUAAACAAUGAACCCUGUAUGAUUUUCUUAUUUCUAUCCGGGGUCGUUAUGUGGUUGGACGUGGUGUCUUGUAUAACUACAGGAAAGACACCACAACUUCUUGAUCUCCAUCAUAUGGCUUUUGGCCGCCAGAUUAAGCUAGAGAAGAUUAUGGGCUGCAAGAAUUGGGUUAUGACUGAAAUAGGUCGUAUUUCUGCACUACAUGAAUCUAAACGAAGCGAACUUCAGAGCGGUACCUUUAAUAACCAUUUGUUUGAGACACAGGCCGAUACCAUCAGACAAACCAUCCGACGUGGCCUAAAUGAACAAUUCUUGACAGAACUUCGUAUUACAAAUCCAAAUACGACAUCACACGGUGAAUCUCGGAUAAGCGAUCAAGCUGUCAUCACACGGCUCUUUAGUCGUGCUGCCUGCAUUUAUUUGGAGCUUGUCGUUCAUGGGUUUAAGGUUGUUGAAGAAGAUCCGGACUUAUACAGUCUUAUCUCCGAACCUUUGAUGAUGCUUCCAACCAUACGGAAUGCGGAUUUAAUCCGUGCUAUCUUGUGUCCCUUGUACAUCAUAGGAUGUGUGGCCAAAGUAGGAGAACGAGAUAUCUUCAGAAAGAUGUUUUCCUCGCCACCAUUGAAUGAUCCCUUCAUGCAUCAUCGAAGUACCAUUUUACCUCUCCUGGAAAAGGUCUGGAUUCUCAGGGAUACCCAUUCGAAUAACGUGAGCUGGGAAUGCGUGUUGCAACUUUCGGAUGAUAAGAUACUACUACUUUGA